AUGGACCAAGGCUCCGGCGCUUCUGAAGUUACCAACAUUUCAGAUGGCGUCAUCGCCCUGGAGCACGAUGCAAAGGUUCAGGAGAUUUUGCAAGAUCAGCACAGAAUUGAGAAGAAACUCCGUAAAAGAGACAGAGAGACCAUCAAAUAUACCUACGAAGAGCUCGAUCAGCUGAUGAAGGAGUGGCUCAACAAUGCCGAGGCACAACAACAAUUACAUCACUCGGACAAUGCCCUUUCGAAACGGGUGGGCAGAGGAGCCCUUGCAUUUUUUAACAGCUGCCAUGGCUACCUGAAGGCUUUGUCGGGAGUUGUGCAGCUGAUGGAAGGGCUCAGCCAGGGCUAUGGAACGGCUGCGUAUGCAGCCCUCUCGAUUUUCGUAGUGGUCGCAGUUAGCAAGAAAGAGACUGAAACCGAGAUUGACACCAUGUUGGAGACACUGAGACGAGAGUAUACAAAAAUAGAGAGACUGAGUCCCAUCUAUGCCAACAGGUCCAUGCACAGCCAUGUCUCCAAUGUUUACCACUUGGGUUUACGCUCUCUACAAGACGCAGCCCGGUAUUACCGCUUCAAGUCAUACAUGAGGUGCUGGGCCACCCAAGACAGCAUUCGGUUAACGUCUGUGGAAGCAAAGGUUAAAGAGAACCUCGAGUGCCAGGUUGGAGGGAUCUUUAACAACACCAGAAAACUGGAACCGUUUGACUUCAAAGGGAAGCUUGAAAGAGAUGGAUUCUAUCAGGCUUGGGACACGGACAUCACUUCUAGUUUCCUGGUCAUCAGAGGGGAAACGGUUGCGCCAGAAAGCACCCGCCUGAGCUGGGCUUCACCCGCGGCGACAGGCGUCAUUCGUCUACACAGUAAGCCGAAACAGAGUCCAAGUAAUACUGGCCUGAUUUUCUACCGCCGCCAAGACGCGGACAUAGACCUGCGUGUCCCAAUGAGACGUGUCUCCCCAACAACCGUGAUGUCAGCUCUGAUAUAUCAGCUGCUCUGUACGAAAAAUGCAAAGGUAAUUCUCAAUGACGACCAGCACUUCGAAAAAUUGAGGUUAAAUGUUAUCCAAGCCGAAACCGCAAACAAUGACGAUCGCCGUUCUCGGCUGUUCAAGCUGUAUUCAGUUCUUAGCGACUUAUUGAAAAACUUAUCAUUCAACAGAAUAUACUUGAUACUGGAUCGGCCUAACUGUCUAAGCGAUUCAAGCACGGUUUUAAAGCUGUUACUAGACCUUAUAGAAGCGUGUCCGACGGGACUAAAGAUUCUCAUAGUUGGUCGAGAAAUCGAUGCCGAUUUCCUAAGCGACAGUCGUGAAAGAAGACGUUUUCAUGAGCGGGUGUUUAAUCAACACGACUAA